AUGUGGUCUUUCCAAUAUCAUGAACCGAGCACUACCGCGGCCCUCAUCCUCGUCUCGUUCCUCUACCUCUUAAACGUCUUCGGCUGGUUCGCCCAAGUCCUCCUGUCGUGUGGUCUUCUUGGCCAGAUUUUUCUUGGAAUCAUCUAUGGCACCCCUCUCGCCGGUCUCCUUCCCCAAUCACUUGAGGAGUCGCUCGUUGGUAUCGGUUAUGUCGGCCUGCUCCUCAUUAUCUUCGAGGGUAAGUGCACUGAACACGAGAGUGCUGUCAUCUCACAAACAGGUGGGAUGCAGUCUUCGCUCAUGCAUUUGAAGGCUACCCUGGGUCUUUCCGUCGCUGUCGCGCUCACAGGCAUCCUUGCUCCGAUGGCACUGUCGUUCACCCUCAUGCCAAUGUCGGGCGCUCCUGCUUUGCAUGCGUUCGCGGCCGGCUCCUCGCUCGCCUCCACGUCGCUCGGCACUGUACUCGGCGUUCUGGCCCCGAGUGUGCUUGGAUUCGACCUCCGGCGCACAAUGCUUGGCGCGACGCUCCUCAGCGCCGCGAUCAUGGACGACGUGGCCGCCUUCGUCAUCAGCAAGGUUCUCCAGGUCAUCGGCGCGGGCGCGGGCGGUGCAGAGCUCGGCCGCAAUAUCGGCCGUACGCUAGGUGUGACUCUCGGGAUUGCGUUUGCUGCUGCAGUGCUUGCACGUUGGGUUUUAAAGCCAGCGUACCUCUGGUUGCUGGCUCGGCCGACGCUUUGGCGAGGCAAAUCUUGGGGCGGCACGCACUUGCUCAUCGCCAUCAACGCGGCGCUCUUCACUGGUGCCGUUGCCGUGGCUGGGUACGCGGGGACCUCGCUGCUGUACGGAGUCUACGUGUCCGGUCUCUGUAUUGCGUACAUGUGCGACUCGGAUGUGUCGGCCGAUAUGGGAACUGGUCUACCGCUCGCUGAGUCGAAUGCGCCGAGAUUGGGGCAGCCGACUUCGGAACCGGCCACGACGAAUGAAACUUCAACCAUGGCAGUGGAAGAGGAGGUCUCCGAACUGAGUCUGAUCGAUGCAUUCGACGCGACCGUUCCGCCCGUGCUGAACACGCUCCUCCUACCCAUCUUCUUCGGCUCGAUUGGGUACUCGAUCCCGUUCAUCCCCCUCUGGCGUGGCACAAUCAUCUGGAAGGGCAUCAUCUACGCCGUGCUCAUGACGGCGGGCAAAAUGGUGUGCGGGGCUUGGAUUUUCGCCCUGCACGGCCAGAAGGCAUGGCGUGCUGCAGUGUUUCUCGGCAUGGCCAUGGUUGCGCGUGGAGAGAUAGGUCUGCUAAUCUCGCAGAUUGCACUGCAUACCCCCGACCCCCUCCUGAGCGAUGACGAAUUCCUAAUCGUUACCUGGGGCAUCAUCUUGUGCACAAUCGUUGGACCCCUUGCGGUCGGCCUGCUGGUCAAGCGAUGGGGCAAGCUCGUCCUCGCUGGCGGGCUCGACUGA